CGAUCACCCCACGUGAAGUUUGCUUUCUAUGUGCCAGCAGUGGAAAUGUUGAGUUUGUUUUCUGCCAAGUUUGUUGUGAGCCAUUUCACCAGUUCUGCUUAGAGGAGAGAGAGAGAACGACCCACAGAGGAUCAGCUGGAGAACUGGUGUUGUCGGCAGUGCAAGUUUUGCCAUGUAUGUGGCAGACAGCAACAAGUUAAUAAGCCACUCCUCGAGUGUAAUAAGUGCCGCAACAGCUAUCACCCAGAGUGCCUGGGACCAAACUAUCCUACUAAACCAACAAAAAAGAAGAGAGUCU